CAACACUGCGCCACAUGCUCAUCUCGAAUUAAAUUCUGUUGCCUUUUGCGGUUGAAUUAACCACUUCCCCGCUUAACUCGCCAGUUUAAACCCUCCAUUUAUGCUAAAUAAGUAAACUUUAAGUAACAAUGAGUGUCAGUGAGGAGUUCCAGGGCUGGCUAAAUGACCAGCUGCGUAAACUCAACACGGACGAGAACGUUUUCGGCUCGUAUAUCGUCGGCAUACUCGAGGGCGAUGAGACCACAGAGGAGAAGACGGAGGCCCUUGAGGGAAUCCUCAGUGAAACGGGGUCGGAGGAUAUCAACGAACUGGUGGCCACCAUUCUCCAGAAAUGGCUUUGCAGCCAUGUCAGCACCGAUGAGCCGCCCAAGAAGGGUCUGGACAUCGAUGUGAAUGCCCAGCUGGCCAAGCUGCUGGAGAAUCAGAAGCUCAAACCCGCCGUCAAUAAGGAGCGCGAGUAUACAGAGGAGGAGAAACGCAUUAAACAACAAAUACUGGCACAGUACUCACAGACCUCUGUGGUUAACAAGGACAACGAUGAUUCCGAUUCGGAAAGCGAUGACGAUAGCGGAGCCCUUGAAAAGAACACCAAUAAAUCCGAUGUCCAGGCUUUGGCCAAGGAGAAGCGGGAACAGGCCCGCCUGGACAGUGCGGCCAAGAAGCAAAAGGACAGGGAUGACCGGGAAAAGCAGAAGCAGUUGCGCGAGGAGAAAAAGGAAAAACGCAAGACUGUGAAGGGCGAAAGGCGGCGGUAACCGCGGCAAAUUGUUCAGUCUUCUCUAUUAAACCGAUUUAUAUACAA